CCUUCUCCCUGCAAUCCGUGUGAUUAGAAUAAAUAAAGUAAUCUAUACACGGUAAAACUCUUGCGUCCUCCUUGCACCACGACCCCCACAUGCCCCUUGUAGUGAUACACUUGGGUCUUGAGCAGCGGCGUGUCAACGGUCCCCUCCCUUCUAGGGAGCUGGUGCGUAACAAAUGGGGGCUCGUCCGGGAUGCUCUGUUGGCCCGCUGCUGCUGAGAGGAUCUUCUUGUGGUCAGUGAUUGGGGCAUGUACGGCGUGGUGUAAGCGGAGUCGUGUAGCUAGACUGGGUACUGGUUAGUCAGGUUGUGUCGUGUUGCUGAGGUGAAAAAAAUAAAAAUUUGAGUACAGAUGGCUACCCUCACCCUAGCAACUUUCUUGGAGAACCCUACGUUAGGUCUCUUAACGAGAAUGCGCAAGGCAGAGUUAAAAAAGAUAGCUGAACACUACAAGCUACGGAUCAGUGAACAGGCUUUAAAGGCUGAGAUCGUUGAACAAAUUAAGCAUUAUUUAUUGGACCUAGAACAGGCAGGCGUCAUGUCCCUGGACGAGGAGGAUCUCGUAGAGUGUGCAGAGGAAGGGGCCGCCGGCGUCUCCUCUCCCGCAUCGCCGGUGGACAGUGUGGAGCGUAAAGAGGCUCCAGCUCCUUGGACGCUGCCAAAGUUUCUUCCGUUUUCCCCAGUGGCAGGUGGAUCUGAGGUAGGGGAGGUAGACAGGCUGCGUAAACAAAUGGCCCAUCUUCAGGCAGAACUGAAAGACAGAGAGGAGAGAAAAAGAUAUGAUUUUGAGUUGGAACUCCGAAAAAUAGAAGCAGAUAAGGAGGUCAGAAUUAAAAUUAGGCAGAUGGAGCUCGAGGCAGGUGUAGGCGUCUCACCCUCGGGUCCACGUGAGCCGCCUCCAUUUAAGGUGAGCCAAAACGUUCCUAUGGUUCCACCGUUUAGGGAGACCGAAGUAGACCGCUACUUCGUAGCAUUUGAGCGUGUAGCCGUCGCUCUGCAGUGGCCAAAGGAGGUGUGGCCUCUUCUCCUGCAGUGCAAGCUGUCUGGAAAGGGCCAGGAAGUGGUGGCAGCGCUUUCCCUGGAAGACAGUUUGCAGUAUGAUGUGGUUAAAGCAACAGUGCUUAGAGCCUACGAGCUAGUACCUGAGGCCUACAGGCAACGCUUCAGGUCUCAUAAGAAAGUGGGGAGUCGUACAUUCGUGGAGUUUGGUAGGGACAAGGAGUCUCUAUUUGAGCGCUGGUGUGCAGCGAGCAAGGUAACAACUUUGUUGGAUCUGAAAGAGCUCGUUUUAUUAGAAGAAUUCAAGAACCAUUUAUCUGAGCACCUAGUGGUGUACUUGAAUGAGCGGAAGGUAGAGACGUUGACCCAGGCCGCUGUUAUGGCAGACGAAUAUGCUCUGACCCACAAAACUGUGUUUAGUGGGUCUCAUACUGUCGUCCCAUCGGCGUCUCGGGCACGCCGGUCUUCGCCUGACCCCGCCAGAAGACUUACAGAAAAAAGAGAGUGUUUUUACUGUCAUGAAGUGGGCCAUUUGAUUUCAGAUUGUGCAGUUCUGAAAGCAAAGACCUCUCAGUCACCACCCCGCAACAAGAAAAGUGUCGGUCUUAUCCAAUCUACUCCUCGCCUAGACGCUGUUGCUGCGGACGAGAUGGUUGGAGCUGAGCCGGAUCCUAGGUAUGCUCCAUUUGUGUCAGUUGGGAGUGUUUCAAUCACUGGAGAACCAGAGGACCACACUUUAGUCAGAAUCUUACGAGACACCGGUGCAGCGCAAUCCGUAAUCUGUAAAGACGCGUUGCCCUGGUCUGACCUUAAUUACUGUGGAUCUAACGUUCUCAUGUGUGGGAUUGAAACUAACCCCAUUUGUGUACCGUUACACUGGUUGCAUUUAAAGUCAGAGCUCAUUUCAGGACGUUUCCGGGUUGGCGUCGUGCCCAAGUUACCGGUGGAGGGGGUAACUCUGUUGUUGGGUAACGACAUCGCUGGGGGUAGGGUAUCUCCGGUCUUAGAGGUAAUAGAAACACCUGAAACAAAAGAUGCAGAUGUGUUUAUUGUUCAACAGUUUCCACAUGUUUUCCCGGCUUGUGUCCUAACAAGAGCACAGUCCAGGAAGGAAGGGGAGUUGGUGGAUUUGUCGGAUUCUGUCUUUGAGCAGGUUAGGGGUGAGGAACCAAAGCCUGAGGUACCGGCCACACUGCCUAAAAUGAGGGAAGACGUCUGCGCCCUUCAGCUACAGGACGUUCUCCCAUCCUUAGCAGCGGAAAAGCUAAUUGAGUGGCAGAAAGCGGAUACCAGUCUGAGGAAGUGUUUUGAUGCAAUAGAGGCCCCUGGAGAAACGGGCCUGCAGGGUGCUGCCUAUUCAGUGGAGGAGGGAGUUCUAAUGCGCAGUUGGACACCACACAAAACCGGUGAGGACUGGGAUGUUGUUCAGCAGGUAGUUGUUCCUGCGCCGCUACGACCGCAGAUACUGUCAUUGGCUCAUGACCCUGGAUGGGCAGGACAUCUAGGGAUAACAAAAACAUACAACCGAAUUCUCAGGUACUUUUUCUGGCCAGGUUUAAAAUCUGAUGUUGUCAAAUACUGCAGAACCUGUCAUGUGUGCCAACUAAUAGGGAAGGUGAACCAACCUGUUCCUCCUGUGCCACUUCAUCCAAUUCCUGUGAUUGGAGAGCCAUUCGACCGAGUGAUAGUGGACUGUGUGGGCCCACUACCAAAAACACGAGCAGGUAACCAGUACCUUCUCACUAUCAUGUGCAGUGCUACACGGUACCCAGAAGCCGUCCCCCUCCGAACAAUAACGACAAAAACCAUCAUCAAAGCCCUGGUGAAGUUCUUCUCCACCUUUGGACUCCCGAAAGUGAUCCAAACUGACCAAGGUACUAACUUCAUGUCCAAAUUGUUCGCCGCUACAAUGAAGAAUCUGUCUAUCACACAUCAGGUCUCCAGCGCGUACCAUCCAGAGAGCCAGGGGGCUCUAGAGCGCUGGCACCAGACCUUGAAGACGAUGCUAAAGAAAUACUGUGUGGAGACAAAUACUAGUUGGGACGAGGGAGUCCCCUUUGUUCUGUUCGCUGUCAGAGAAACUAUCCAGGAAUCAUUAGGAUUCAGUCCUGCUGAUUUGGUGUUCGGUCAUACACCACGAGGUCCGAUGAAAGUUCUGAAGGAGCACAUGUUAACUGAAGUGUCCAGUAGCACCCCUCGAAAUGUGCUGGACUAUGUUAAUGAGAUGCGGGAGAGGCUGCAUAUGGCGUGCUCAUUGGCCCGAGAGUCCCUCUCUACCUCUCAGGAACGCAUGAAGGUGCAGUAUGACAGAAAGACAAAGGACCGUUCUUUUGUGCCAGGGGAGCAGGUACUGGUUCUCCUACCCGUACCUGGUUCGUCUCUCUCCGCCAGGUUUACUGGGCCUUAUAUUGUCGAAAAAAAAAUAAGUGACACUAACUAUAUAAUUAAAACCCCGGACCGCAGACGCUCCUCCCAUCUGUGUCAUAUCAACAUGCUGAAGUCUUACCGUAAAUGUGACACUCCUGACAUUUCUCCCCAAGGACUGGUUCUGCCCACAUUCACCAGCGUGGCACUAGUGGUGCCCAUACCUGAGGUGGACUGGAAGGAAAACGACGAGGAUGGAUUAGUAACACGCAAUACAUUACAACAGUGUAAACGACUCAACAACCCGGAAAUGCUACAAAAGCUACCGUCCCUAAUGGGACAUUUAGACCAGAGACAAACUGAAGAACUCACCGCACUAAUACAUUCCUUUCUCAAAGUAUUCGGCGAAGUACCAAGCCGCACCUCUGUUUUGGAGCACGACGUAGACGUUGGAAACACUCGACCUAUUCGCCAGCACCCGUAUCGGGUAAACGCACGUAAGCGAGAAAUAAUGAAGAGUGAGGUGGAUUACUUGUUACAGAAUGGAAUGGCAAAACCCAGCUACAGCCCAUGGAGUUCUCCGUGCAUACUAGUCCCCAAGCCAGACGGUACGUCCCGCUUGUGCACAGACUACCGAAAAAUCAACUCUGUGACUGUGCCGGAUUCGUUUCCAUUACCCCGUUUGGAGGAUUGCAUCGAUCGUAUUGGCUCCGCAGCAUACGUGAGUAAACUGGACUUGCAUAAAGGUUACUGGCAGGUGCCUUUAACCGAAAGAGCGUCUAAUAUAUCGGCUUUUGUGACACCAGACAACUUUGUGCAAUACACAGUCAUGCCAUUUGGGAUGUGUAAUGCACCCGCCACGUUCCAACGCCUAGUUAACAUCGUGUUUAAAGACAUACCGAAUUGCACAGCUUACCUUGACGACUUGGUGAUCCAUUCACGCACCUGGGCUGAACACCUUGCCACGCUGCGGUCAGUAUUCCAGCGGCUAGAGGGCGCUUCAUUGACGCUCAAUCUAGCCAAGCAAAUGUACAACCAGAACCGCCGCCUCAUGGCGUCGGCUCUGAUUGUGCAGGGGUACAACUUGGCCAUAUCACACGUAAAGGGGUCUGCAAACGUGGUUGCUGACACUCUAUCCCGGGCUUACCAGUAA